AUGGAGGACGGCUUUUCCAGCUACAGCAGCUUGUAUGACACCUCAUCACUGCUACAGUUCUGCAACGGUACUCCCUAAUCCUCUUCCUCCCCCCUUCCUUCCUUCUGCUGCAUGUUGUUUCUGUGGGGUUUGACAUGUCACCAGCUGACUGGCUAAACUUGACACCAAAUAGACGUGUGUGUAUGUGUGUGUUUGUGCUGCUAGACAUGAGCUAUUUUAGCUUCAGGGGAAAAAAAGGUUGAUCUUCUAUGUUAUGGUGCAUGAUGUUGCUAUUCAGUUUUUAACCUGGAAGAUAUUUACUGGGAAAACUUAAGAAAUAUUAGAAAACUCCCUAGAAGCUUGUUUGUGUUUGAGUGCAUGACAUUUUACAUGUUUCUUUUUUAACCCAGAAAAUGUCAUUUCAAUUUUGAACACAUAGAGGAAAUCUAAAGCUCCAGUGAGGAGUUUUGGCUGGUCAUGAAACAGACUGAAAUUAACAUUGAUGCCUCUUCCAGGCUUUUAAAAGCAAAUUAGACCAUUAGCAUAAAAACAGAUUCUUUCUGGCAUUGUUUAAAUAUGCAAUUCCUGGAUUUAAUUGAACUGCCAGGAACUGCUGCUGCAGGGUAGGUGUCAGAUGAAUUGAUAAAUGAUCAUACAGCCUGUGUUUACAUUUUUUACAGCAAAAUCUUUUGAAUGACUAAUACACUUUACUGUCAAAGAAAGAAGGAUUUCAUGUAGAUGGAAAAAAAAAAUGCAUAUGGUGUUGUCAACAGGGGCCGCCAACUAAAACGCUGACUAAAAGUUCCUCAUGGGAGCUUUAAGAAAUAGAUUCUGUUGAAGUGAAGGGAAUGUCACAGAUUCAUGGGUGGGAAAAGUUCAUGUUUUAUAUCAUACAGUAUUGCAGUUUUCCUUUAUUUUUAAACAGUUCACAGCAAAAUGAACACCUACUAAUAUAGAAAUUUACAUAAGUGAUUAGAUUGACAGAUAUGCCCUGGAGUCAAGGGUGGAAAAGGGUACUUCUUUUAAGUUACACCCCAUGAUAUUUUCCCUCAUUUGUAACCUGGCAGAGAUUGAGCUCAAAACCAAAAUGAAAGUUUUGAUUGUAAACACAUGGAUAGUGGGUAUUUACAGAAAAGCACACUGUAAAAUUUAAGGAAAGUCUUUUGAAAUCAAGGCCAGAAUAAUGUCAACAGUCAAUGUCAGCCAGCAGCCUUUAGGAGAGCCAAUAAACAAAGACAGAGGGAGGAAGAGGAGCAGCCCUUAGCUCACAGCGCUGCCCUGAUUACUCUGGUUCUGCUUGAUGUGAUGAGGGCUCUGUUAUGAAUAUAUUCCCCCCCUGUUGGCAGAACACGAAUGACAGAACAGGGCAGACACUACUGCUCAUGUUGCCUGCUGCAAUAAUAUAAUUUAUGGGCUUGUAGAGGGAGAAACGGUACUCCAGGCUGGUGAUGUUAUGGGUAGGAGAGAGUGUGACUCAGGGAAGGAGAAAAGCUGCAUGACACAUCAGAAUGACAUCAGAUGGGAGUUAUUUCUAAGAAGCUGUAGUUUCUAUUCAUUUAGUUUCUACAUUUAUCAGUGGAAACGCAGAAACUACUGAAAUCAUGUAUCUGGGUCUAAAACACCGAAUUCAGUUGUGUUUUUGAGUGAGGCUUUACAGUAUGUUGCACACUGUCUGCAUACUAACAAAGUACAGUUAGUGAGCCCCCUGCACAAAGGGGAUUAUUCCAAACACAAUGACCUGUGUCUCCCAUAGAGACCAUCACAGUAGUUGGUGGACUUUAAAACAGGCUGCAGUGCUGAUUAAAGCAGAUUUGCUGCGACUACACUACUAAACCUUAUAGAUUUUAAUGGAUAUCUAACAUUUUCAGCGUCUCCUUUGCACUUGAAGUGACCAUGUGGUUAACACGUGUAACUGUUGAAGCAUGUAGUAGCGUAAUUGCCUUUGGUGGAUAAUGAAAAAAUCCAUAAUUUUUACUGCGCUGUGUAAGUACCAUCAGCCGAUGGAAUGGGGGAAUACUGGUGUCUAUCAGAGCAAAUCAUAGAUGUGAUAUAUAGAGAGGUGUCCCCUGUCCUGGACGCCUGCUGCUACCUCUCUACUUUCAUGAAUCACUGAUGAGGGGAAUCUAGUUAAAAGCUUUUAUCCCUGGUGGUCUCCCCUCAUUAAAUUUAUAGUAAUUGCAGAGACAGCGAUGCAGACAAAGAAAAACAGAGCUGUAGGCUUAUAGUUGAGAUGUGGGUCAUGAAAAAUGAAAAGAUUUCUGUGAGGUUUGGACUGUUUAGUACCAAUAAUCAGAUUUGUGAACCUGGAUGACUUCUCUUGGCACAUCAAGUGCAUUAAACAAAGGAUGACUCAUUGUCUUUGUUUUUUUAUGGCAUGCAAGGUAGGUCAAGUAGUAACUGUGAGAUAAGAAUAAGUUACAAAGAUAAGAGAAUGGAUUGAAUCCAGUGUCAUUGCGGAAAACAGGGACAGUCUCAGGACCACUACCCCAGUGAUCAGAGCUUAUUUCUGACACAAAGUACCUAAAACAAGAGAGGAGAUAUUUCUACAUUCUUCUCUCACGUGUUGAGUUCCUAUGUGAUGAACAAAGUGCUGACAGUGCCAAAGAUAACAGCAGAGGUGAGUCUUUUGGACUGACCUGAAAAACAGGUGCAGUAGUCACUUUUCAGUCUCAGAAUAGCUUCAAGUCUUUACUCUGAGGAAAACGUCCACCUUUUACAACCGCAGGAAUUACAGUGCAGGAGAAGGUACAGUAUAUCAGUAUGUCAGUGAACACGUCACCCUCCAGGCCGAGGGAUUUAAUGAAGAAGUACCUGAUAGUGAGGUCUUAAGCCCCUGUAGUUGUUCCCCGGUUAUUCUGUAAGACAAUGUUAAGCUAAAAAGAUGUAAUCUGAACAAAUCCAUCCACAAACAUAUCCAAACCAAAAACUAAAUAAUCUACAUUUUGAAUUUACCAAACAACAGAGUAACACAGACCAAGAAAACUAUUGACAUUACUGACUGUUGCUGUGUGUGUUUGUUGGAUUCCUACCCAUCCAUCCUCCAUCAUCCAUCCAUCCAUCUAUCCAUUCAAGAUGACUCAGACCAAGCUGUUCUUGGUUAACAUUUCCAGCUGAAAGUUAGCCAUGUGUCAUAAACUAAGUCCAUCAGGCUAAUGAUAGCUAGGGCUAACAGGAAGUCACCACCUAGCAAUAAGUUGUACAUUGCCAUUUCCACAAAAACAAACUUGCCUUUUUCAUUUUUACUCCUCCACAACUACAUCAAUCUUUUUGAAGGCUUAGUCACUUUGUGAAUCCACUGAUGCUUUUGUGGUGUUUUUUUUGUAAUAUUGUUGGAUCCAGAGAGUCCAGUCCUCACCCAGUCUGAAUUGUGUUAACUUGAGAUUAGACAGAUUUGGACACGUUGCCAAGUCAUGGCCCACACCCAGAAGUGGAGCCUUUAAGUUUUCUUAUGCUGCAAGGUUGUUUGUAAUCCGUCACAAUGUCAUGUUUCCUCUCUGAGAGAAAGCUGAUGAAGUAAGACAUGCUGCUCACGGCCUGUUGCCAGGGAUUUUCCAACCUCCGGCCUCCUGCUUUCUUUCCUUUUUAUCUCCCUGUCUGUCGUUCCCUUACACACACACAAAACCUGAACACACAAUAAAUUUAUAGCAGGGGAACUAGGGCUUGUUCGUUGUUCCAACAGACUGCGCAAUUAGGUGAGCUCGAGUUCAGAUGUGUGUGUUUGAGCAUUUGGAAGAAGCGCACACAUCUGCAGGCCUGGUGUGUUUGUGUGUUUGCAUGUGUGUUGAUCCUGUAGGCGAAGUGAUAUCAUACUGCUGUCCAGCUGAACCCAGCUCAACUCAAAGCUAAAGUCAAUGAUGUCAUUCAUGGCCUCUUCCUUUCUUUCCCCCUCUCUCCCAGCUCGAGUGUUGUGGAGCAUCCAACCAAGCUAAUGUUCAGAGACUAGGUCAGCUAAACCGCAGACACACGCCCAGGCUGCAUGCUUUGUCCUCAGGAGGUCAGAGCUACAGUAGCUCAUCAGGCUAACUGAAAAUUAGCCUCAUUACACACUCGGACACGCCAGCACACAUGCCGGUUAAAGCAGAUGGAGGAAGUGAAUUCAUCGAAGUAGCUCUUGUUUUCCGUGUUAGAUCACUUGAAUUACGUUUGCAGUCUGGUGGUCCAGGGGAAAAGGACAGCUUUGAUUGGAUUAGUUGGUGUUGUGUUCUUGGUAAUCUGAUUCAGUUGUGUUUUUCUUUUUAACUGAAUUUAUUGUUGUUCCUUCGUCGAAAGUGACGGGACAUUUGUUUAAUCUUGUUAUCACUCUGAAGGGGUAUCCAGGUUGUUUUCACUUGUUUACUAGCUUUUAAGUUACCAUGAACCAAUAUCCUAAGCACCUUUAUUUUGAUUGCAUCGGUUUUUAAAGGUUUCUAUUGAUGUUUGCUUAGUCAACUUAUAAAGGACCAACCUGCCCAUAAAUAGACCUCUGUCUGGAUUAUAAAGUCAGGUAUUUAAUUGUAUUUCUGCGAUAAGUUGUCAUAGCUUUAAAUGUCUUUGAUGGUAAGGCAAGUUUUGACACAGUAUAGAAGAUGUUGGUGCAACCUUAGAUGUACCCCAGAGGGCUGGAAAUGAUCAACGUAUUCCUCUUCUUUGUCAUUGUUCGAUUUGAUAACUCAGUCAAAAUGAAUGAAAAUAGUAAAGUCCAGUAUUCAAUUCAAUCAAUCCCAAAAAGACCAACAAGUGUUAAAUGCAAAAUUAUUAACCAUAAAAUCUCAAAAUGAAAGUAUAAAUCUAAUAGAUAUAAUUCAAAAAAGUAUCCACUUCUUUAAACCCCGUGGAAACGUGUCUAUUUUUGCUCCAAAACCACUUUUUAUUUUUUUGCCUCAGUGUUUACAUGGCUUUCUGUGAUUCUGCAGCCAGCCUCAAGUGGAAACCCUGGAAACUGCAGUUUUUAGCUCUUCAGCAUCAGUUAAAUUCCACAAUACCAAGGGUGACCGCUUGAUAUCAACCCAAAGUAUAUCAAUUUCAAAUAUAUCAGUUACAAAAAAGUUUAUCCCGAAAGUAUCAGCCCUGUGAGUAAAACAUUGAAAUGUUUCAAUCACAAAAGAACUAAUCCAAAAGUAUCAGCCCCAAAAGUAAAAACCAGAAGUCCUAAAAUCGCCCUUAUGACUAGCGUUUAUGCAAAAGGAGCAACCUAUAAAGUCCUGGAAGGAAAAACUUAAGUAAAAACAAUCUCUUGUUCAUUCGCUCCCACAGCACUCAAAGCUCCUGAUGUGUUAAUUCAGAAAAUCUGUUGAUAAGUAAAUCAGCUCUCUUACAGCUCUGUAUUACUCAUGAUCACACUCCCAUGAUCAUCACAAAGCACUCAGCCUCCCCAUCCAAUCAGAUCCUUUGCUUUCAUUCACCAGAGAUUUGUUCUUUUUACCUCUGAACUAAUGAUGUCGGCUCAGAUUUGGAUCUUACAUCCUUUAAUCUCCACACUAAGCGAUGUGCACCCACAGGCUCACUGGCACAGCCCUCCAUAAUGGCACCAGUACUCGCCAGUAAGGGAAGAGGACACGAGGGAAGCAGGGGAAAAAACUGAAAGUGCAUGAAAGGGAGAAAAAGGACGGAAGUUUGAGUCAGCUGUUGUGAAGGCGAAUGGGACAGACUUGCAGGGUAGAGAGGUGAAAAUGAAGUCAGAUGGGGGUUCAUUUGAUGUUGGUUGGAGGUGUUUGAUUCACAGCAGAGAUGACACGACUCCAUGCAGUCUCCUCCACAUCUUGGCGGCGCAUCUAUAGGUGUCUCCUUCCAAACCUUGAUUCCCGGUGGCACGUGUGGAGGGAUUAGGAUUAAGGCUCACGUUACUAAGCACAGCAGCCAAGGAGGGAAGGAUGCCAGGGAGGGAGAGAGGAGGGUGUUAGUGUUUUUUGCUGUGUGUUGUUCUAGGAUCGACAUCUGUUUUCCUUGACUUAGAUGUUAAAUGAAACAUUGGCUAAAGACGUAAAACAGAACCUUUUUUCUUUUUGGAUUUAUUCUAAAUUUGAACCUAUUUAAGGUCAAAUAUCGCUGAGUAAAGUGACUCUUAACUUCUGAUUUAACACAAUAUAUAUAUAUAUAUAUCUUUUCUUUUCCUUUCUCUUCUACAUGAUACUCAGAUAGCAAAACUGCUGAAACAAUUGCUGUCUAACUGUAAUAUCUGCACCAAAAUAUAAAUGGAGCAAGAGUGAGAGGGGAAAAAAAUUAGGAAAUAAUGUUUCCCUGAAACUCGUAACAUGUUUCAGAGCAGCAGUUUAAUAAAAAUCGACCUGGAUGGGAUAUCUCCUCCACUGCUGCUGAUUCAUUUAAAGGCCCACAUUGAUUUCCUAUUGUCGUGCCAGUGAGAGCAUGACCUACUCUAUUUAUUUUUUUUAACAUCCUCCUGUCUCACUUACUCUCGCUGGAUUUAUUUAAUUUCUAACACCUUGCCUCCUUCUGUCCUCUCUCCUUUUCCUCAUUUUCUCUUCAUUUCCUCUUCACUCUCCAUCCCUCCAUCACACUCUCCCACGCUCUUUGUUUGAUCUUUUGCAAGAGCCCCAAGUGGAGCUCAGAGUGCUUCCCUUUCUUUAUCUCCAGACAAGCAGAUAUUGAGCUCUUCUGUAGUCACGAGUCGCGCUUUUUUUCCCUCCCUAGCAAGGGUUCACCCUGCACUUUUCAACUGCAAACAGAUACACACAUUGACAGUGUGAGCUCAUUAUAUGUGAACAUGACACUGCAAAAACCAGCGUGUGAAGCAAGACAGUAGCAGAUAGACCGUCCUGCUCUGUAAGUGUGCUGUCUGUAACGGCAGAUUGUGUGGCAGGAGGGUCAAGCUGUGCAUGUCUGUUUGUUUGUGUAAGUGUGUUAAUGCGCGUGUGUGCGUGUUGGAGAUCAGUUAAGGCCUGCAGAGACGAGGCCACCCUCGCUGCCAGCUUAGGAAUGAUGCCACCUGUGUAAUGAAAGCAGUACAGCAUUCUGGUAGUGCCAUUCCUCUACACUCAUCUAACCAGGCUUGUUGUUGUUUAUAAAUUUGAUAUCACAAGUCCCGCCCCUUCUUGAUUGUGAUUGGUUGGUGCAGCAAAAGUGAAACUAACAUUUGAGGCAGUUGAACUGUUUUAGGUGAGAGCGCUGAGUGUGGUGACAAAACAACUGCUUAGGUUGCUUGAGGAUUAAAAAUGCUGAACUGCACUGCUGGUGCUUAGAAAAUAGACAGCACUGAGAAAAUGGACACAGGCCCUUAAAGUUUGUGCAUGAACCUGUGUCUGCAGUUAACAUCCAACACCAAAGCUUCUGCGCAGUUUGAACAAAAGUGACAUCAGUAAAACAAAAGGAUCCUUGUAUUUCUGAAGAUUAAUUCAGAUGUUUUCAGAACCGGUCACAUAAUUUAACAUUGUAGUUCUUAGCAUAUUAGCAGUAGCAUUAUUACACCCUUUUUAGUUCAUCCUCCUCUGCAGAUUUUGAACUUGAGCCAAAAAAAUCCUUUUCUCUCUGGGAGUUGCACAGUUUGUAUUUACUCGGAGGUAUUUUGUCCUCCUCAGUUACACAAAUUCUGUCAUGCCUGGUGUGCAUAUCUUUGAUGUUUUGCAUUUUAUUCAGAAACAAGGUCAGACUCAAUGUGCUCAUGGAAACCGCCCCUUGGUGAGCCAGCGGGUAGGAGAUGCCAUUUGUUGUCUGAACUGAGUGUUAAGCUUCUCUCUCUCUCUCUCUCUCUCUCCUUCUCUCUUUCUUUCUCUCUCUUCUCUCUCUCUUAUCUUUUCCUCCACUGACACACAUUCGCUCAGUUCAGCAUGACCCACUAAAACAAUCAGGCAUGUAAAGCAAGUGAGCGAGUUACUGUGCUAAAUAUACAUACUGACUGUGCUCUGCAUGUGUGUAUGCGUAACCCGUGCUUCUGGCAGUUGAACGUGAAAGAAAGGAGCACUCCCUCGUCAUGUGUGUGAAUUUAUUUGUGUCCAUCUUCAAGUUCACUCUGUGUGCAAGUGCAUACCAUCACAAGGUCAAGAGACGAGACGCAUUCUGCACGAGUCCUUGAGCAGGAUGUCAGGGAUACUUAAAAAUACCAUGAAAGAGCCAGAAACAGAACGGUGUAGGAUGCUUUCUCCCUGCACUAAAUGUGCUCUGCAGUGCUUUGACUUCUACCUGAGGGGGAGGGUAUCUUGUAAUAAAUCAUGCAAGUCAGCAGAAUCCCACAGAGAUGCCAUUAUUUUUAGUCUCAGUGUGAUGCUCGAAGUAUCCAAGAAGCUUUUCUGUCAACACACAAGUAAAGAAAAUGGAUUUAAUUAAGGUGUUUUUGCACACGAAGACGUUGCAAAGUGCAGUCAUGCGUAAGCAUGUGUUUCAGAUUAGUAUGCAAAUAAUUGCUAGUACUGAUCAUCAGUGCAUUAGUGUGCACAUGCAUGUCUGUGCAUAUAAAUGUGCAUGCAUAACUCUCCCCUGUAAUCCUACUGUACGCCAUCAACCCGUUUAAGGUUAAUUAAAGAUCAGUUCAGAUACUGUAACAAGGUGAGCGCUGCCUUCAUUGUAUUUAUGCUAAUUAUCUCCAUCAGGGUAUCGACUCCUAUGAGCCUAAAGGCUCGGCUCAUUGAUUUGGUCGCUCCCAUUCCAGGACUUCUUCAUCUGUCCAGUUGUGAUGUGAACAGAUAUAAUUAACCUCCUGGAGCCCAUGGUGUACCUCCCAAAGGCUGCACAGCACCUAAUUGGUGUCUUACACCUGCUGUUAAUAGAGCUGAGGGAAGCCCCGGUCCGGCCUCUGCAUGUGUGCAUGUGUGUGUAUCCCCUGUUGCAUGUGUUCAGCGCGUCUGUAACAGAUGGGGAGGGAGAAGAGGAGAAUCCCAUUAGAAAAUCCAUUAAAAAUAGAUUUAUCAAGAACACAGGUGCAGAGAUGAGAGCAAAGAGCGUGAACCAGGUUAUUUGAUUUGUUUAUUUCCACCAUUACGCCAUUUGUUAAAUUCAGUGAGAGGUUGAUAGAAGGUCCAUACUUUGUUGUUAGAGAGUAUUUUUGUUCCAGGCUGUGCUGUUUAGUAUCCUUUAGUGGUUUAGUCCAGCUGGUGUCCAGCAUGAUUUCAGAGAUCUUUUAUCAUAGUCAUCAGUGGAAAAUGUCACAUUUUUGUUUGAAAAGGCAGCUGCUUUUUAUAGUGAAGGUCAACAGUCAUGCAGCUCUGUGCUGUCAGUAAAGAUCAUCAUCAACCAGCCUGAACACGGACCUGUUACAUUAUGAAAAUACUCCACCCAUUGAAGGAGGAGCCUAAAGCUUUAAGGCAUUCAGAUAAAUGAAUCCAAAUAUAAACUAGACCAGAGGCCUAAUAAGUGCAGAUCAGUCCCUCUAGAACGUCAAUGAUGACUCAGGAACUCUCAAAAAUCCCAUUUAUGAUUCAUGAAAGCUUGUUUCUAACUGCAGGACCACUCUUUUCCUCAAAUUAUUUUCAAAACCUUUUGGAUUUUCAUGUGACACCCCUGAAAUCAGUGACUAUUUAGCGAUUGCUCUCCUUGUUGCCUUGUUGUCAACUCAGUUUAAAAAAUGUAUUUUUAGCACAGAUGUGAACGGCUCAGGUGUGUUUUCUAGUCUCUGUUUGUGAAAAUGAGCUCCAAAUUAAAGCAGAUGGAGCUGUUUUGGAGAACUAGAGCGCUGUACAAUGUCUCAAAAGAGAUCAAAUGAACGUCACAAACAUUCAGCGAGAGCACAAUGGGAGGUAUAGUCUGCUCUGUCUCCUGCAGAUGGCAGAUAUAAGAUUGGGUGUUUAACAGGAUGGGGUUUCUCUGUAUGUGGGAGACAAUUCUCACUAUGGAAAUCAGUUUUUCCCUGACAGCACCAUACACGUAUGCAUGGAAAGAAGGAGUGUCCCGCCUCCUGUUCUUUCCUGGUUGUUUGUCAGUGAGGAACAAAGCUCUGUUUUAUGUGUGGGACAUUUUGGACUAAGAGAGAGGCUUGUUGUGUGUCAAAGACUGGAGUCACUGCCAAGCAUGACUUAGUGCUCCUGCGGUCUGUUUCUGCUCCAAAAGUCACAGCAAGAAGAACAACGGUCUGUUCAACUGUGUGUUUCAAUUUUAGUGGGCUCAGCUUGUUAAAUUCUUAGUCCUACAAAAGUCUCAAAUAGUCCAGUCUUAAUCAGUGAGGGACUUUUAAACAAUGUUACAUCAACUUUUGGAUUUGCCGACAAAAGAAACAAGGACUGUAUUUCUAUACCUAACAAAACUCCCUAAAUUAUGGCACCUUGUGAUUUAUGCAGCCACACUAAUGUAUAUUUCAGGGGAGAGAUGUGAUGAAAAACACUUGACAUCAAAGUCAAAAUAAAAUGUUUGCAGUUCCCUUUAGAGGCUGGCCGCCGUGGAAUUGCUUUAAUUUAAAUGUCACUAUUUUAUCCGUCUGGUGCAGGCGCACUAAUCUUUCAUCCCCUUUUGCCACCGCUCACCUGGAUGAAGAACUGAUGAAUUAAAGUGAAAUGCCAUUAAAGGUUUUGACCUUUUCUGUAUGCAAGGAGAAACAAAUUGUAUUGCUGCUGCUUUUGAAUCAUAAUUUCGUCACAUGCCUGUGAAGGACGAGGAUAAAAACCUGCUAUAGAUACAAAGAGAUCUAAUUAUGUAAAUGUGAAUACAAGACAACUACGUAAACUAUGCCCACUAUGAAUAUUAUCAUGGACAAGUGUUGAUCUAAAGAAUAAUGUAAGGAUUACUGCUGAGAUUUGAUAAUCCUGUCUUUGCCCUUGUUUUAAAACUUGGUGUAUCUUUUUACUCUGCACUCCACUUUCUGACCAGCAUAUCAAUGCUCCAGAUAUCCCGCACUUUGAGUAAUGUGAACAAAAUAAAGAGAAAUGAUAAAAUGAGACAAAGCAUAUUUCUCUUUUUUUCCCCUCAUGGAGAGUUCAUUUUAGGAUUAUUUCCCAGAUAUCCAUCUCUGCACAGUUUCAGAGAGAAGAGGGAGACAGACAAAUGGAGGGAGAGGUGAAAAAGGUUAGAGACGGAGAGAGGGAGAGAAUACAAAUCCAGCCUGCUGCUAAGCUCAAACCCCCUGAGUUUAAGGAUCACCAACACUGAGCAAGAUCUGCUCCGCAUAUCCAGCAUAAUCCCCCCGCCACGCUGCAAACACUUCCUCUUUGAAUAAGGAGUGUGUAGGAGUGUGUGUGUGUGUGUGUGUGUUUUGUCGGGAUUCUGAUGUACAUGCAUUAUGUGUUAGAGUGGAGGAGUUAUUCUGCCCCGAUGGGCCAAGUCUUUCUCUCUUUUUGUCUUUCAAAUCCCCGAAACCAGGACUAGGACUUUGUCUUCAAGUUAAAAGACCCUGAAACAGACUUUUUUUUUUUUUCAAAUUUAGAGGUGGAAAUAAAAACUUCAACAACCUUCAAUCUUUCAGCAUCUCAAAAUAUGUUGCAUAGUUGUCCUUCAGGAAAUUUACAAACUAUGCACCAAAAAAAGAAAAAGCAGAAUUUGAUCUAAAUUCUGUUGAUUUAUUUACCAUAAAAAUAUCCAAAAACUUCCCUUAAAAAAUUAACUAAAGUUGUUGAAAAUUACUCAAAUUUCCUGAGAGUGUUUGGAAUUUUUCUGCAGUCCCUUAGGAUUCUAUGCAGGCAGAAAGAAGUGCUGAUGCUGUUUGCUGUAUCAUCUUAUUGCAUAACUUGGUUUCAUUUGGGCUUGACAUAUUAUUUUGUUGAGUGUGCAAGCAUGUUGUGUGUAUGUGUGUGUGGCUGGAGUUUGACUGAUAGUAAGAGGAAAGCUGUACCCUCUUUGACCUGAGUCUGACCUGAGAGGAUGCAGCUGAUGGGAGGAAGGAAGGGUUUAACGUGUUCGUACAAGGACGGCGGGAUAUCUCGUGGGAGUCAUUCAGCCUCUCCUCGUGUUCUUGUUUGACCCACACACACACUUUUAUGACACACAAACACACACACUAACAAAUGUAUCUUCUUUCCCUUUUCAGUCCGCUCUGUCUCUUUUUAUCCUCUCCUUCUUCCGGCUUUGUCUCAACUCAAGUCAUGUGCGAGGCUUUCCUCCUCUCUGAUCCACCUCGGUUUAUUUAUAACCCCCAAGCCUCCAGUCCAGCAGGAUCCAUCAGUGCUUCUUGUAAACACACUGUCACUCUUCCUUAAUCUGCCGGUUGAUUAGCUAACACACCUCUGACAGGUCAUCCACUGCUCGCUCGAGGUGACAGAUUAAUGGUACAUGAAGUAACGUGCUAUUUCCCCUCCAUUUCCCUCGUUUUCUUCUCUUCCUCCAAUCUUCUACUCAACCUGUUUUUAUAGUCUUUCACUCAGGCUGACAUGUACCUGAUGGAUGAUUUCAGUCACAGCAGGAGCAGAUGCAUGUUUUUCACAAUGAUGCGAUUUAACAAAUGACAUUUUCUAUCCCUGAAAUUGAAAUGCAGCAUAUGUUAAAGUCCGGUUUCAGUCAGACAGAGGCAAUAAAAAGAUUUUUUGUAACCAUACUGAGUGAUACAUUUACGAUGAAAACAACCUUCAGGAGAAGAUCAACAAAAGAGACAAGUGGUAUCACUUUGGUCCUUUGAGGGGUGCCAAAAAGUUCUUCGAUGGAGCUUUAAAAGAAAUUAGCAGAUGCUAUCAUGCCUCAACAUUAAUCCUGGACAUUGAGCAUUGCUAAAUUUGAUCCAGUCCAACUAAUUUUUAUUUAAAACAGUGGAGGUAUUUGGCAUCAUGUUUACACAGACCGGACUUAAAGGUGGGGUAGGCAGGAUCUGAGGAAGUGCCAGUUUUUGGGAGAAAUCUUGAAUGUAAACACUACCCCUCCCAACCAGUUUUCCCCUCAGCUCCUCUUCUCCCCUCCCUCUCUGCUCCAUCAAGCCCCGCCCACAAACAGACGCUCCUGCUCACUCAUAUCGGUUCAGUUAAUUUCAGAUGCAGAUAAAUACUUCAGAUAAUUACAAAUAGGGCUUAGUCAAUGUGAAAGUAAACAGCAUUGGUGCUACUGUAGAUGCCAACAGAUUACCAGCAAACACUUGGUUUACUUUGUUAAAACGGUUUAUCUGUCCAGCAGAGAGGUUACAGGGUCUGUAAGAUCUGGAAGCGUCUCCCAUCAAUGUUGUCCUAGCUUUUUAGCUCUUGUCCGGGUGGUCUACUUCCUUUUUAAGUGCUCGUUAUUCCACCAGAGUCUCCGAUAUUUACUUUGUUUUCUUGUCGGUGUUGGCAGUCGUGACCAAAGGAAGAUUCAAAAGAUUCCUUCUGGUUGGUUUCUACUGUCUGACAUUGUAGCACGCUAACUUUUUUCGGGCACGUGAACGUUAGUGGAGCAUGCUUCACAACACGGGGAAGCAGCAUCUGCCUCACAACUAAUUAGCACUAAGGAGCAGCGUCCACCAAUCAGGUCGGGGAGGUGGAGAACAGUUUUGUUUACAGUCAGAAAGAGUGGGCCGCUCAAAACACAGACAUAACAGAACACAGUGAUAUCGUUUUAUUUCCAAAUGUCAUUAAUAACUCAUAGCUAUUGACUGAUAUUAAAAGCUUUUUUUAUAUACACCACAAAAAAAGAUGCUUCUUUAAUGGAUUCCUGCCUACCCCACCUUUAAUCCACCAAUGGGCAUGCAGUUAGAAACAGUCGUAAAAUCGAAUCUUUUUUUAGGGAGACACAUCAAGCAGUCGUGAGCUUAUUGGUGGACAACCAUCUGCCAUGGCUGGUGGACAGCAUUUUUCUUCUUUGUAUUCAAGCAUCAAGCUAAAACCCAGUUAAGACCAAGUACAGCUUUAUGGAGGAACAAGCACGUUUUGAUGUUAUUAGACACACUUUUUUAACUCCGUCUCCACCUCGCCAUUCCACCUCCCUCCCUUUUACUUCUUGGCAUUAAAUGAAACCUGGCAUGGCACUUGAUUAUGAUUAUGUCUGGACUUCCAUUAGUGACUCCAGCUUCAGACUGAGGUCAGCUUGUUUAAUAAGUCUGACUCAGUGGUUUUGGAGAAAUUUGUCUCCUAAAGGCAUAAUCUGCUGCAGCUGAGCUGGAACUAUGGCAGCGCACCACCUGGCCGUGUGCACUCAAGCUGCGAAACCCAAACCAGUUGGCUAAGUGCUGUGUGCUAUCUGCAUCCUGUGAGGAGAUAGAUGCGCCAGCAGAGUGGGAAUCCUGGCUGAGAUUCUGUCACAGAAAAAAAAACAGGAAUUGUGGGCAUAAUGUUGUGACAGGCUGUUUCCUGCAGCCUGCCUCUUUCUCUCAAACACUGAAUGUAGUUUUCAAAACACCCUGUUGUGACGCAGCUUAACCUUGCUGCUUUACUUUCCAUAAAGUCAAUUGAUCUUUAUUGUUUGGCCUCUCCGCACCACUGAGAGGAAAGAAAAUAGACAUCAAUCACUGUGGAUGUCAGGGGGUUUUUGUGGAAGUGUGCAGGAACACAUGGUGAGACAGCUGGUAUCAGGACGUUUCUUUAACAGCACUUUUUCUCAUCUUUAAAAGUGCUUUUUUAAGGUUUUUCUUACAUAAUAUAGGAGGAUAAGUCUACAUAAAGGAGCAGCAGACAGUGCAGAUCAAUGUAAGGCUGCAGCAUGAGGUCACUGGGCGAUCUCUGUUGAUCUGGAGCGUUUACCCUGCACGAUGUUAGUCUUUCCUCCUUCAGUGUAUUGAUCUAUGUGGCUGAUGAGAGUGCAGAGGGGAGAAAUGGGUCAGAGCAUGUGUGCACGCUCUACUGUUCAUUAUUGAUGGCAGUGAGGUCAGUAAAUGACUCAGGAACAAGGUUGAGAUUUAAAGAAAGAGGGGCAGGCGCGGUUAUUUAAGAACGGGAAAGAUGAACAGAAGUGAGAGUGUCUGUUUCUAUUUUAGCUUCUGAGGCUGGAGAGAUGGACAAACACUCGAGCAGGCAGGUGGUCUCACCGAGGAAGGUAAUAGGGAGCAGCGUGUCACCGAGAUGAUAGACAGGCUGGGAGAGUCAUCCUGGGCCACACAUUGACAAGAUAAUGAAAUGGGGACGGGAAAAGACUGGAGAAGAGAUGCUGCGACAGGGAAGACAAGCAGAAAUGAAGUCAUCUGAGCAUUGAGCUGACAGGUGUGACAGAGCAGUGGGCCGAGGGGAGAUUGGUGGGGUGUAAUGAUCUGCUUUGUGGGGAUGAAAGAAAGACACGAGGGUCCAGGGGUUUGUGUGCUGAUGGAUUUGUUGUGGAAUGAAGAUUGACAUCUUACUGUUUCUGAACGUACCGAUGAGAACAACGUGACCCGAGCCCCCUGUGAGGUGGAGUGUCACUGACUCUGCUGCGGUCACAUCAGUUUCACACAUCCUAAUGUACAAGAACAAACACAAACCAGAGCAGCGCCUUCAAACAUGUUAUAAUGUGUUUACUUUGGUUCGAAUCAGGGCGUAGGGUGACAGACGGAGGAUGUCAGCGCACAGGGGUUGCAGAUCCACAGCCGUGACAGCCAGUCAUUGUACUAUAAGCACUGAUGGUAUCAUGCAGUCAUUGUGUCAGUGUUUGGAGCAGACCCACAACAGAUGCUGAGCAGAUAAUAGAAGCUUUAUUUGGGGAUAUCCACUCAGUGACACAUAUUGGCAUAAGAAUAUGAACAAAGGCUGCGUCUCAGGUGAGCAGAAAGUUAUUACCAGCGAAGGUUAUCUCCGUAAAAGGCUUUGUCAGUGUGUGUGUAUAGAUGAGAAAGAUGAUUGAAAAAUGCAUUUCCCUGCUGAACAAUCUGUAUAAAGGGAACAUAUUUCCUGCUGAAUUUGACUGCUGGGAGUUUAAUGUAUUGAAUUGUGCUCCUGUAGGUUUUAUCUGUUCAAUUUCAGCAGGUGGGGAGAUAUUAUGGUAGAAUUUCAUGGGUUGGUGUUUUCCUUGCCAACAUAAAGCAACAUUUUAGUGAGCUUUGUGUUUGUCCAACAGUCUAAAUAUCACACAGAAGCAGUUAUGUUUGUGCAGUGUUUUAAUUGACUAGCUGGUUUGCUCUCUUGUGUUGAUUUAACCAUUCUGAAUCUGAUUUCCAUUUUCUGCUACAAGCGUCAAGCGUCCCAUCUGCCUAAUGCACCAAUUUAGCAUCCUGUCUGGUGGAGGGUCCCCCUGACUGCAACAAUUUAUAAUAACCAGCUCAAAGCCAGAGGACUUAGCUGGCUAAUGGAAUUUGUCCAAUUAUAAACAAAUUUGUCAAAUUGGUCUCCAGUUUGUUCUGCCAAUUGAACUAUAUGACUUCAUUCGACUAUAUGGGAUUAUGUUCUUCUGAAUUUUCGUUGUUAUAGAUAAAAAGCCUGUUUUGAGUAUGUGCAAAUAAAACUAAAGACAUAAUUUUUAUUGUGACAUGGAUGUUAAGAUUAAAAUGUGUGCAUUUUGAAGCAUGCUGGUGUUAUAUUAGAGUCUUCCAGUCAUGUUUUAUAAGCACAUGGUCUUAACAAAACAGAUUUGCUCAGACACCUUUAGGUCAGAGACUAUCAUAGUGCAGGGAAUCAGAUGGUAUUUGAGAUGGACUAAAAUGAUAUUUGGAAAUGUCAGGGCUGGACUACCAGUUAAGGAUCUCUGUGUGUGAAUUCUACUGGAAAAAUACAAUAAAAUAUUAUCUGACUCCCGAACUGAAAUUCAACCUGUAGGUUUUACAAGGACAGGAUUAGUGUGGAGAAAAUGUGUGAAAUCAGUGGCUGGUCAUUGUCACAGUUUCAGGACAGUUUUUUAAUCCAUCAAUAAUGGCAAGAGAUUACAAAAGAAAUAAGAAGUCGAUUUCUCUUUUAUCACAAUAGACACAAUAAGCGCAAAAGGCAUAAUUAGAAAGAUGCAGCAGACAUGAUUGUUUUUGUAUCAAGCUGUCCUGAAGUAGGUUUUGAGGGACUCAACGCAACGUUUUUCAAUACUUUAGCUACAUCAUAUUUCAGAGCGAAAGUUUUGCACCACCAAAAAGUUCUCUUUAGUGUUUAUAUAAAAUACAAAGUCUGUUUAUGAAAAUAAGGGAAGCCCCGUGCCUCUAAGCACUUUUUAUUUAUGUAAGAGAGUAAAACCACCAUCACAGCAUUUUUAAAACAGUUUGUUGAGUUCAGACUCACUCACUGCUUUUAAUAGAUUUAUGUGUUUGAUUGUAAAAAAAAAAGAAAAGGUUAUCCACAGAGGAUGUCCAUUAUAUCAUGUAAACAAUCAGGAUUAGGCUCAGACUCUCAGGAGGAGAUCUGGCUGCAGAACUGCUUGAUCACCAGAUGCCCGAUCGCUCUGAUGCAUAAUGCAUCAGACUGUUAAUACAAGUCUGCAGGGAAAACAUAGCAGUGCUUACCAUUAAUAUUUCAUCGGGCCACUGUGACAUCAAAGUGCUAAUGGAGGAGGAGACCCUCUGUGUGUGUGUCUGUGUCUGUGUGUGUGUGCGUCUGUGUGUGUCUGUCAUCAUUAAUGGAGUGGACCCUGGUGGCGGCUCCCUGGCCUCUAUCAGGGUGUCAGGUGGGGAGGUCGAUAAUAACGUGUUAAGUUAGUUUAAACUCAAAGAACUGAAUAAAAUGAACAAACAGGCUCAUGAAUAAAGAUUUUAAUAGAAAUGUGUUUUGCUCUUUGAACCAGACAAGGCUAAAUCUCUUACAGUCAAAGAGACAGGAAGCAUAAAAGCAUUAAAGAGCCCCUGGUUUCUGUACAAACAGAAGGGGCAGCUUUCUAUUUGUAUUUCAUCCCUGCUUCUCCCUUUUUUAUUCCUCUAUAUGCAUUUAUUUAAAGGACAGAAUAAAAGUGGUUGAUUGAACGGAAUGGAAGCAACUAAAUUGAUAUUUGAAUCCUUUAAAUGGAAACAUUUCACAUUUUUUUUACUGAACACAAACAUUUUUAACCUUGAGAUUCAGAUUCAGAAAACUUUGUCUGCUGUGACAGAAAUUUGCCUGUGGUGUGGCUCAACACACAAUACAAUAGACACAGAUUCCCAAAACAGUGAAAAGGCAGUUUAGUCUUUAAAAAACAUGAUACACCUUUAAUUUCUGACCUUUUCUCCCUGUUUUGUCAAGAGUUUGAUGAAAUGAUUCCUACAACUCUCAUAUCUGUGUUGAUCUGCUGCUAACUUUCUGUUAUUGGUUUCUAGUUGAUUUCCUGUGAAGAUCCGUUUUGUGUCACAUCCCUGAUUUGAUUUCGUUGUGUUUCCUCAGAUGACAGUGCGUCAGCAGCCAGCAGUAUGGAGGUGACCGACCGCAUCGCCUCCUUGGAGCAGAGGGUCCAGAUGCAGGAGGAUGAGAUUCAGCUGCUAAAGUCUGCUCUGGCCGAUGUGGUGCGCCGGCUCAACGUGUCUGAAGAGCAGCAGGCGAUGGGGUCACGCAGAGGACCCACCAAAGGUAGAACACGUACACAAACCAGUCCUAUUUUUGAGUGUUGAGCUACAGGGUCAGCGGUUUUUCUAGUAGCCCAUAUCAAUUAUUCAUCGUCUGACUUUGGAAGAAUCCUUUUUGGGCUUUCUCCACAUUUUUCUUUCUCUUUCCUGGUGAUGCUACCCUCAGUUUCCUUUCUCUGACUAGCUUUUCUUUCCUCCUUUCCUCCUUUCCUUCUCCUGGCACAUGUUGUGUUGUUUAAAAUGUUGUGCGUCACGUGUGUAGACCCUGCUAUGAUGAGAAAGUCUCCUUCAGUGGACAGCAAUGUUGGGAAGUCAGGUAGGCCGACUGUGAAGUCUGUCUGCACUAACUGGGCCUGGUGUCGUGUUUACAAAAAGCACAUUCAGUCACUGCCUGCUGAGGUUCUGUUGUACACCAUAUUGUGUUUAGAAAGAAAAACCCACAGUCACUUUUAGUUCUUCACUGCCUGCAGUCAAUGCACUGUGUAUGUCCAAGGCACAGGCACCAAUGAACCAUCACGACGUUGACAAGUUUGUGUCUACCCCUGUGAAUGUGACCUUUCUGUCAAAAUACAAUAAAAACAGAAGACGUGUAUAAAAGAGUUUAAGAGAGUCUCCUCAUGGGACAAAGGCAGCCCUGAACUUACUCAGUUCAAGCUACUUGAACAAAGCAAACUGCAUCAUGUUGGAGUUAGCAGCUCUUCACCGACUUAGGAAGAAUUUUUUUUGUUAUGAUGUGUCAAUUUUUUAGAUUUAGUGUGUUUGAUUCCUGUUAAAUAUCAUCCUCAUGAGAAAGUUUUGGUGGUCCUGUGGAGAAGUCAGCCACUCUUGAUGCCUUUUUAAGCCUUCGAUUGUGCUUUUGAGCACCAAAACAGAAACAGAUUGUGAUUCUGAGCUGCUGCCAGUUUCAGUCUCUGGAGCGAGUGCAGACGGAUGAAGUUUCACUUUGAUUUGAGAGCUGAAGGAUGAGUCAGACUCAGCUUUUUUUUAUUGGUCUGCACUUUUAGGUGCAGGGAGCCCUCAGCCUGCACCUCUCAGCUGACGCAUAAUGAUCGGAUAGACCCAUGCACAGAGGCUGUACAAGGAUGCACACAUUAGUCUUCUUUAACAUGCUAACACAAUUACAACCUCGGUUUGCCCCCUGCUGCGUAGUUAGUACAUGAAAGAUAACAGUGUGUAUGUGUGUGUGUGUGUGAGUGUGUGCUGCUGAAUGAAGAGUCUAUUAAAUAUUCAUCACUGCAGAUAAAGCUGCAGCCUGGAUUUGUCUUUCCAAAGCCAGCCUCGGUGGCAUGUGUGUAUGCAUGCGUGUGUGUGCAUCAACAUGUGUGUGCAUGAUUGUGUGUUUUUGUCCAUGUCUCUUUGUGUUGUCAACCUCUUUCAAAUGAAUGGUAGCGUGCAGUAUGUCAUUUUCACAUAAAAGUUACUGAAAAGAAUGAUAUCGUAACAAAAUUAGAGCUGAUUUAUCAAUAGAUGAUAUGUUAUGUGUGCUGCCUCUGUUUUAUUCAUAUUACAUUUGGCACUAUAAAUCAAUCGAUCAAACUUUAUUUUUAAAGCACUUUUCAUACAUAUAAUGUAUAUGUACACACACACACACACACACACACACACACACACACACACACAGAGAUGCAUACACAAAAGACCAGGUGAGGUGAGGACUAACUUCUUUUAGCUGAGUAGUGAUUUUUUUUUAUUUAUGACUGUAAUAAUUAUUUUUUCACCGUCAAACCAUUGAAUGGAUUGGAGUAAAAAUCUGUUUUUUAUUUCUAUAAUUCUUGCACAAAUUAACAGCAUACAAAAUAAGAUGAACCACAUGUAUAUAUGUAGUAACUUUCAUUAUAAUUUUUUUAAAUUUUUUUAAUUCGACGAACUGAAUUUGGUUUGGACUCACAUUAUGAUUUCUUCUAUUUAUCACAGUUUCCAGUGAAACUAAAUGUCAGUAAAUAUUACUGCUUAUAGUGGCGCUGUUGUCAUUCAUAUCUCAAGGAUUAUUACAGAAACAUGCCAUAACAUUUGUCAGCUGACUUUAUAUUCCCCCCAUCGGUGCUUGAAUAACAACAGAUGGGCUUCAGGAAGAGUGAGAACAUUAUAGAAAAUAAAUCAAACACUGUAACAUUCUUAAUGUUUAAAAGAAGAUUGAAAAAAGGGAGAGGGAUGUCCAUAAAGCUGUUACCCCACAGUGUGUGCCAGGAGGCGUUUCACCCCUCUUCGAUCUCUUUAAUUACACUCAUGAAGAAGAUGAUUUAACAUCAGAAGAUGCAUUUUUAUGACCACAUCCUGUAUCGAGCUUUUAGACUAAAUGUGCCUUUUUGUUUCUCUCCCCCAGCCAGGCCAAUGAUUGCCACCCUCCCACUGAGGCCCACAGUCAACAACGGGACCAUCCUACCAAAGAAAGGCGGCGGCACUCUUCCCUCCCCGUCUGGACCAGGAUCCAGGAAGGACACCAGCACACCAGGCAACAAGAGGUAAGGAGGAGGAAAACAACAUUUAAGCAGCCAGUGGCUCUAAAUCGAGUGUUUUCUGCCAGUUUUGGUGGAUUUUUAACUUCUCUGAACCGCUGCAUCUUGUUAACACUGUUGUAAAUCCACAGUUAACUAAAUGCAGCCAGGUCGUGUGAGGUUUUUGCAUGUGUCAUGAUGUUAUUUCCAGACAUUUUAUUUGUCUGGGGACAUUUUCAGCUGUGCCAUGUCACAUAAUUUGUCCCACAAAUGGUCCUGUUUCUGGCUCUCUAUCCGCCAAAACAACUGACAUUUAACAGCACUCGUAAGCUGUUUGUCAUCACUGCGGUGCUUCUCUGCUCGCUCUCUCUGUUUAUACUGCAUGUGGUGCACAGGUUAUCAAUCUUCUCUGUCAGGGGAACAACAGCUAUUUCCCAUCUCUGGAUGAUAUUAACAUAAUCAGAUGAUGCACAGCAGACAGUGAGGACAAGCUUUAGUCUAAACAGCUGUUAACUCCUCUGUGCUGCCCUUUAUUUCCCAUUUGCCUGAGUUUGUUUUUGCUUAGAUAUUUUCACUACCAAGAGAGGGGGUGCUUUUAAUCCUGGGGAGGACAGCAAAGAAAAGGGUCCGCAGAUUGAAAUCAGUAUGAAGGGGAUUGUACAAAACCUUAAACCACAAGACCAAAAAUAUGAUAUGGUCUUAUGUAUCUUCUUGGUGCUCUUGUAAUCCUCUUGUGGUUCUGUCUGAGUCUAUCUGCACCAAGGUUUCUGUCACUUACAAUAUCAACUCAAAAGACAAGUCACACAUGUAACACUGACUAUAUUUCUUUGGACACAGUUGCCUUAAUGAAAUAAAAUGCUCAAGUCAUCGUCCCGCUUACCCAAAUUUGACUGGAGUCGAUUUACCGUUUGUGACUUGUCAUCUGUCAAUUCCAAUUUCAAUUUCAAUUCUAAUUAGCUUUAUUGGCAUGAUUGUUACUACAAUAUUGCCAAAGCAUUUUAACAUAACAGCAAUAACAACAAUGGUAAUAAUAACAAUAAAAAAAAUAAAAUAAUAAUAAUACCAACAACAACAGUAACAACAAUGGUAAUAAUGGUAAUAAUAAUGAAAAUAAUCAUGAAAAUAAUAAUAAUAAUAAUAGUAAUAAUAAUAAUAACAAUACUACUACUACUACUACUAAUAAUAAUAAUAAUAAUAACAACAAUGACAAUGGCAACAAUGACAAUAAUGGUAACAAUAACAAUAAAACAAAAACAAUGACAAUAAUAACAAUGACAACAAUGACAAUAAUAACAAUGACAACAAUGAAACAACAACAAUGACAACAAUGAGAACAAUAACUAUGACAAUGACAACAAAAACAAUGACAACAAUAACAAUCACAACAAUAACAAUGACAAUAAUAACAAUGAUAGCAAUGACACUUAAAACAAUGACAAUGACAACAACAAUAUUAAUAAAAAUGACAACAAUAUUAAUGAUAAUUGUAGUAAUAAUAGUAAUAAUAAUAAUAAUAAUAAUAAUAAACAGUUUAUUAUCAUUACUAUUCCUCUGUUUGUCUUUCUGUCAUGUCUUCCCCAUCUGUCCUGUUUCCCAUGUCCUUGCUCUGUCUCUGUCUGAUUAUAUGUCCUCUUAAACCAUGAGGCAAUAUCUUGCAUGUUUCCGAUUUUCCCAUGUGAUGUCCUUCCAGUCUGUCCAGUUUGUCCCCUCUGUCUCGCUCUACCAGAUACCUCUACCUGCCCCUCAGGUGAGGGAGAACACAAGUACAGUAAGGUUUCAUGGUCACAAAAUAACCGCUGACACAUCAUAUCUGUCAAACAUGUAACUAUUUCUCUAUUUUACUAAAACCGGCUCCAGGUCCCAUUUUCACUCUUUCUGUCAUCUCUAAUAUUUACUGUUAAAUUUCCUGAUCUGCCUCUUUUGGUGCUCUUUUUGUUUGGUUUACAAUGUGUGUCAGGGAUUAGUCUAAAGUACAGGUUGGUCACAAUCCCAUCAGCUCUGCCAAACACAGAGCAGCCUUCCCCAAUGCCCUGUGGCCCAAUUACUGUGAUUCCUCCUGGGAUAACUCAGCAAACAACACUUCUCUCACCCGCUCCUGUCUCUCGUCUAUUCUGCUCUUUACUGGACAAACGCACAAAGGCUAACAGCCAGCGAACAGUUUUAGGAUGUGAAUAGACUUUUCUCCCGUAGGGUGGAUUAGGUGACCGGGCCUACUGGCCAUUGGACUGCUGAUGGAGCCUUUUCUUUGUUGUGAAUAGGCAGGCUGUCUGCUCAAUAUGCAGAUUAGCACAGGUCUGCUCUGACACUGUAUUCAAAGAGUACAGAGAGUGUAAGGAAGCUAUGUUUCUUCAUCUGUGUUACACUUUUAUAAAAACAUAUUUAAGCCGAGUCAUGAAAUUAAUUCCCCCUCUUAUACUCACUUUUAAAAACUUUCUCUUGGAUGAAAUUUUACCUAGGGACAUUUUUAGAAACGUACAGUCAGGUAGUUUUCAUAACCUAUUUCUGGUGUUUCUCUGCCCUAAUUUUUUCUCCUCUCACCACAGCACUGUGAGGAGGACCAACUCAAAUGAACAUGUGGGAACUCUUACGAGGAAAGAUUCAGGCGAGUCAAAGGGCAACCGGACUCGUGCUGGAUCCACCGGCAGCAACUCCAGCGGCAAAAGAAGCGACAGGUAAGACAAACGUCACCUCAAAAAUCAUCUUUUUCCUACACAUCUGUACAGUCGCUGACACUUUCUGUUCACACAAGAUAGAUGGCUGCUUUGUUUAAGCAGAAAACACAUUCAUUAUCUCUGUUUAGAGCAUCUUCAAAUCAAGAGCAUAUCAUGGUUUAUCUGGAGGUGAGAUACUAAAUGACAGCUGUAUCUUUACUCAUUUACUUUGCAGCAAACAGAGGGAUCCAGUGUUCAAUGCAGGUAAGAACUGGAGGAUCUUUUACGGCUCUGUAGCCUGACAGUUACGAUGGUUUGAUGAUAUGAAGCGACUCUAAGGGAGUCAACACACAACACAGACUCACACAGAGGUUUCCUGUGUCAGAUGAGGUCAAUGCAUGGAUCUUACCAGAAAUAAAAAUCCUGCUGAAUACUAUUCAGUAUUUUCCCCAAAAUGAGACAGAAAACUGAUGUCUUAUCAAAUGGAGUCAGUGUAUUGAUCUGUAUUCUGCACACAGAAGACCUCUGAAGUCUUAACACAUGAUGAUGAGUCUUACCAAUCAGUGCCGAACAUUCAUCCAUUUCAAAAUUCAUUCAUUAACAAGCAACCAACCCACUUCAUUCAUUGCUGCAUCUUUACCUCCACACCUCCAUCCAUCUUUUCUGUUCAGUCACUUCUUUCUGCUUUGUUUGAAUAAAGCUUUGGUUCUGCACAAUAUGAAUGACUUUAUUUUAAUAUUAUAAUAUUUUUUAUGUCAAGGUCUCAUAGCUUAUUUAUUUUUCUAUUGGUCCUUAAAUCUGUGUUUGUUUGUUUUUGUGUUAAAGUAGAAAAAACUGUUGUGAAAGAUAAACUGAAAUAUAAGAAAUUUAUCCAACGUCUUUGACUCCAGUUUCAAAGCAGGGAGUGUUAACAUACUAGCUGAGAUAACCUUGUUUGUUCGUAUAAGGGUUUAAAUAGUAAACUAGAGGAUUACAUUUUUUAAAAGACAGCUUUAGCAGUAGCCCAUUUUUAUCUUUUUGGUGCUUGUUGGUUAGGAGAUGUUCAAAAAAGAGAGUCAAGGAUUGAAAAAGCUCAAAAUAAGCCAAAUAACAGUCUUUACUUUUUAUUAACUCUGGUAAAUUCAGUCUUAAAACACAUUUCAACAACACAAUAGAGCUGAAUUUGAAGUGAAUUAGUAUUGAUCGGAUUCUCCACCUCCAGUGUGGUAUUGAUUUUGUAUGAAAUAAGCCUUUGUUUUUUCAUUUGGUUUUCACACCUGGUUCCAGAUUUUUUUUUCCUCUGUCUCGGCAGUAUUUAUAGCACAAUCAAGUCAUUUAAUCCAAUAUGAUGUUUUUGGUUCAAGCUGCAUUAAUAGCCAAGAGGACCUACUCACAGUGGAGAUGUUGUAUUAUUAAGAAUCAUCAUGUGUCCAGGCAGACGUGUAACUCAACCCACCACUGUAAACCUUUACCCUGUUGACGCUCUUUAAAGACCUCAAAUACUGGUGCUACCUGAUUUAAGAUGCGGACUGUUGGAGAAUAUGAGCUUCAAGUUAAUUAUGACUAAUGUGAACCUCUUAGUGGACAUUGAAAUGAAUGAAAAUCAAAUAAUCUCCUGCUGAGCUGCACACGAAGGCAGUGUCAUGGUUAUAAAUCGCCUCUCAGUGACUAAUAACCAAUAAAGCUGAUAAUUGCAACACUAAAUACUGCCAGUCUAAUGCUUAGCUGCAAUCCAAACAAAUUGAGGACAUUGCUCAUUUGAAACAAUUACAAGUUGGUGCAAGCACAGAUGCCUUCAGCUUUUACUAAAAUCAUAAAAAAACAACAAACAGUGUUAAAAGUCAUUGAAAAAUACAAGCAGGAGUGUUGUUCUUUUGCUUGAAAUACGAGUGAAAAACAAGUGGGCAAUUAUUUUUAAUGACUCUCCGCAUUAGAUCAGAGGGUGGGGCACCAUCAUCCAGGAAAUGAGCAUUGAUUAAUUUAGAGCAUUUGAUUCAUAAAGAGCAUUAAGCACAGAGGCUGCUGUUCAUUAACACCAGGAAACAGGAAGUGAGCUCAUAUUAGGACAGACCAGGAAGUGAGGAAGCCAUGCCACCCCUCACCUGGUGCUUGUGUCUUUCUCUGUGACCUUUACAAGGGAUGCGACGUGUGACCCACUGCAAAGGUAGGCAUAACACCUCCCCCUAAAGACCCCCCCCACCUUCUCAGCUCUCUGAACAUGCUGUGAAUAAAAAGCAAAACUCGUAUUUGAAAAUUUUAACUAUUUUUUUUUUCUAUUUUUCUUCAUAAAGAUUCACAACAGUGAGUCUAAAAAUGUAGAGAUUUUCUUUGGCUCAAUGAUCAGAGAGCUGUCCAGACAGGGGCAGGAGUGGGUUGACAAAGUGUGUGUGUUUGAAGUUACCUCCCUUGAUUGUUUUUAGACCUUAUAAACUAACACACACGUGCACACAUCCUAUCUAACCUCCACUGGGAGCUACACCAGUGUGAUUGCAGUGUUUGCGGUUCACUUGUGUGUCUCCGCGCUUCUUGUUUAACCGCAGAUGAAGCUGCUGCCUCACCAAAGCCUUACUUUUUUUUUUUUUUUCUUUUUGCUUAUAGGCAUUUAGUCUCUGUCACCAUAGUAACAACACAAAGAUUUUCAACACUGGCUUCCUCACAGUGGCUUUGAGUUUUUUUUCUAAGAGCGCUUAAAUCCUCUGUGCUGAGAUUCCAGCUCAGAGCCAGUCAAUUUGGCGUUGCUCUUAUUAUCUUCCUGCCCUCAAAAUGAAUAUUUGCAUCACAAACACAUUCAGGCUCUUUUCUGGGUAGUUCCUAUUGAAGUCUGUUUGGUUUUCCUGCUUGUAGUUUUCUCAUAUGAAGUGUCCCCCGUUUGUGUGUAGCUCCCCUCUGCAAAGUAUUCACAAAGCUGCCAAGAAAUAAAGAGAGACUGGAGUUCAGGCUCAUUUCCCCACAGAUAUAUUGCUGUUUACCCAGUUGUGUUACUGGAUAAUUAGUUCUUAAAGCAUCCAGUCCGGCGGUUCUUGGCAUUCUGGUUUCAAGAAAAAUAGUAGUGUAAUAUAUGAAGCAUAUGUCCUUUAAGUCUACACUUUGUGUUGUGACUAGAUACAUAAAAGAAGGGUUUUAACCCAAGACUUUUACCAUCAGAAUUACCAUCACUGAAAUAUAAGUGCACAAUGUAGUUACCAAGUGGCAUGUUAGUGUUAGUCAGUCGUUCUCAAUCCAGUCCUCGAGGCCCACUGUCCUGCAUGUUUUGGAUGUUUCCCUGCUCCAACACACCUGAUUCAAAUGAUUAGCUCGUUAUGAAGCCAUUACAGAGCUUGAUAACGAGCUGAUCAUUUGAAUCAGGUGUGUUGGAGCAGGGAAACAUCCAAAACAUGCAGGACAGUGGGGGCUCGAGGACUGGAUUGAGAACCACUGGUGUUAGGCAAGACUACAUAUUUAACUAAUUAUAAGUUAUCAUACACUGUACUAGAAGUUUGGGAUUUGUCCAUUUUCAACUCUUUUGAGACCCUAAGUUUUAUAUUUUAGGCUCUACAGGUCCCAACCCUCAAGUUUCAAGUCACACUUUUACAACAGCCAUGCAUACAAAUUAAAGCACCUGUAAGGAUUUUUUUUAUGUUCAUGAAACAGGGUGAAAUAUAUUUUGAUACUUUUUUAUAAUGCACAAAAGCAAACAAGAUCAUUGGUGACAAGAUUGUGUUGUUAUUUUGAAGGUCUCAGAUCAGUAUGAGAGGAUAGGCGUCAGCCAAGCAGCUAUAGAAACAGCCUUGUCUUUCCAAUUUUUGUAAAAAAUACUCACACUAAGGACACAUGUGACCAUCACAAGUCAGUACGAUGAGAGUUUUUAACUGAAGACAUGAUUUAAACACGCAGAGGUUCCUCAUAGGAGCUUUAACCACUAAAUGAGACAUAUACAAUAAUUUGUGAUUGUAAGAAACAUCCUUAUUGUUCACAUUAGGCCUCAGUUUCCCCAUAGUUUUCUUUGUUUGUGUUUCAUGAUGCUUAAUUUUAAUGACACAAACAGCCAUUGCGUCUCUCUAACUCACUCUGGCCUCCUCCACCCUUUGCCUUUACUUGCUCCUUUGCCCUGCCUAUGCGUCCACCUAACUUCCACCUCCCUCUCUACCACUGGCCCCUCUUGUUCCCCUCCUCAUCGUAGUCACAGUACAGAUUUACCUCAGCCGCUCUGCCAAACGGACUGGGACCAGUGGCAGCCCUGCGGCUAUGGCUGUAGCAUCCUGUUCAGCCAACACCAACCCCAAACAAACCUCAGAAAGCAGCAAGGCCAGCACUGUCAGAAAGGGUGGUGCCGUCAAGUUGCCGCCAGCCAGAAAGACCCCGAGCUUUAGCAUCCAGCUGAGAAAGUCUGGAAGUUUGUCGUCAUACUCUUCCCUUGAUACACCUAGUUAUCGAAGCCCCAUUAAGUCUCCAAGCCAGUAUUUUCAGAUUUGUUACUAGCUGAAAAGCACAAAAUAACAGAGAAAAUCUAUAUAUCCAGCCACUUCCUAGCUUACACGAAUGUUUCAUGCUAUCAUUAGCUUGUUUGGGUUCAUUUUAUUUUCUGCAUUAAACUGUUAACGGACCAGUAAAGGAUUUCUCAUUAUUCCAUUUUCUAAACUUAAAACUGUUUUUUUCUCAUAUCAUUUUCGUUGCUAUGCUUGUGUCUGCAUUUAAUUUUUGUUAACCUCUGCUUUGAGCUGAUUAUGUAUGAGAUUUGAAGUGUUUGCAGUUCAUUUUCUGUCUGUGUUGUUGUUGUCAUUGUGUCUUUAAAAUGACUAAUAAAGUCAGUUAAAAGUUCAUUUGUUUGUGUUUGAAAAUUCUGUCAUUUAUUGUCUUUUUAAUUUUGCCUUCUCCAUUGAAAAAACCACAUCAUAUCCAUCAAUUAUCCUCUAAUCCUGUUGCACAUUCAUCCUUGUCACUGUUGUCACUUGCAUUGUAACAUUUAUGCUUUAGUAUCAUGUUUGUGCUUUUCGUAUAAUUUCAUACAAAUUCUAAAAAUGAUUCUCAAAACUGAUAAAAUUCCAGUACAUACAUUUGAGUUUUCUGCAGGCACAGCUCUUUUUCUCACUUCUCCUCUCUAUCGCUUUUUUUAGAGGAGGGUUAUGUGAAAAUGUACUUGAAGGGUCGUCCCAUCACCAUGUACAUGCCCAGAGAGCAGGUGGACACCUACUGCCUGGAGGCCCGUGCUGAGCUGCCCAGCAAGAAGCUCAAACUGGAUUGGGUGUAUCCUUUUACAGAGAAAUCACUCCACCUGAAGUCUUAUUUUUAUUUCCUCUGCAUUUGUGAUUUGAAAAAGUUUAGAAAAGCAGUCUUCCAGAGGAGGUUAAAUCCAGAUUAGGCUUGCGGUGGCGUAAAGAGAGGAAGCUGAGAAAUGUGUCGCCUCUGCUCUUGCUGCUUGUCAGACUCUGCACUCUGUUUAGAUGCUCAUUUCCAGCGAGUGGAUCUGGGCUCAUCUCUGCAGCCUACAUUCAGUAAUAACCUGCACACAGCUGACAGCAAGAGACACAACGAGUCAGCAGCUCCUCUUGUGCUGAGUUAUUUUUACUUCCUUUCAUUGUGUGGUUUCUGUCUCUCUUCUCAUUUGGUUUUAGAAAAAUGAAUAAGGUGUGUGGCUGAGUUUAGAGCCAGAGGGCGUAAAACGUAAUAAAGGAAACAAAGAUAAGAUUAGAUCUGAGGCAAGAACAUACAGACUAGGAAAUGUAAGUGGGCGUCUGUGUGUGUAGUCUGUAUAUUUGAACACAGUAGGAAAAAGAUCACUGAUGAAUUUUUGUCAUAAAAAUAGAAAAGUGUGUGUUAUCUUUUGAGGAUUUUUGGUAAAUAAAUACAUUAAAAUCAGGUGUAAAACUGUCAUGAUAGUUGCUAAUAAUGUAUCUGUUGUUAAUUUGAUCUUUGAUUGUUUUGAAAAGUUGGAAAAUGGUCCAAAACGGUUUGUGACAGCUUAAAGUCCAAAACCAAAAAACUUAAUAUCUGAAUACGUUGUUUCAUUUGUCCUUUGUUCCUUGACCCAUCUUUAAUGUCCAGUUAUGGUUACCGUGGUCGGGACUGUCGGUCCAACCUUUACCUGUUGCCCACUGGAGAAACAGUGUAUUUCAUAGCCUCAGUGGUCGUCCUGUUCAACGUGGACGAGCAGCUGCAGAGACACUACACAGGACACACAGACGACAUUAAAUGGUGAGAAAAACAGGAUUCUGAAGUUAAUGUUAUCUCUGUUUCUGUCAUCCUCAUAUCCGUGUUUGUCUUGAAUAAUAUCUGUGGGAAGGUGAGCGAUGCAAUUAGAGUAACCUUGACAAACACGGCGUGAUCACACCCUGAGGUUAACAAAAGUUCAAAUUAUAACUGAGCACUUCAGAAAACAGAUCAAAGCAUCGACUACAAACAGUCUUUCAAGACAAAAUGUAAGAGCUCCAAACAGCCUCUGAGUUUAAGUUUAUUUUGAGUUGUUUCACACUAGCACAGAGAGAUGUGGAGAUGUACGGUAACCAAUGAAAAUCAAUUUCAUAUCUGAAAAAAGCCUGAUUCACCAAAUGAGCUCUUUCAUAUUCUGUGAGUGCACUGCUCAUCUUUAUUCACACUGUGUUUGAUGUUAAAAGGCUUUUAACUCUUUUUAUGUCUGUUUCCACCAGCCUGGCUGUCCACCCUGAUAAGAUCACCAUAGCAACCGGGCAGGUGGCGGGCACCUCUGCAGAUGGAAAAGUAAGUCAGGUCUCUUUUUGUUAUUUUUUUUAAUCAUUCAGUUUUUGGUUCUAUUCCUCAUGAACAAGCUGAGAUGUAGAAACACAUUUAGUAAGCUUUAGACCACUACAUACUGAUGCUGCUUUCCCUGGUGACCAUGGUUUCUUUCCUGGCAGCAGCUGGCUCCUCAUGUUCGAGUUUGGGAUUCAGUCAGCCUCAACACCCUUCAUGUUCUGGGUUCAGGCUUCUUUGACCGAGCUUUGGUCUGUCUGGCUUUCUCCAAGUCGGUAAGAAAACAACCCUGACACACUCUCAGGCAGUUGCUGAUACGAUGUUGACCAUCUUUGGAUAUGUAAUAUUUAUUUUUCCUUACACCAGAAUGGAGGGAACACUUUAUGUGUCGUUGAUGACUCAAAUGACCAUGUCCUCUCUGUGUGGGACUGGCAGAGAGAGGACAGACUGGCUGAGGUUAAGGUAUGCUUGUGUGUUAUGUCGCCAUAUGAAUACGCGAUCUAAGUUAAAUAUGUGCACAUUGGUAUUUUAGUCAAACAGCUGAAGUUUUGUGGUUUAUGUGUUUGCAGUGCUCCAACGAGUCUGUGUUUGCUGCAGACUUUCACCCAACAGACUGCAACGUCAUAGUCACCUGUGGGAAGUCCCAUCUUUACUUCUGGAGCUUAGAGAAAGGCACGCUGGUGAAAAAGCAAGGCCUGUUUGAGGUAAGACACCUUAUUGCUGAGUUUAAUAAACAAGAAAGUAAGAAUAAAAACUGGUAAAGAGAGGAGCAGAUAACCAGCGGUUACUUCAUGGUUAUGUGUGUGUUCCUGUGUUUCUUGCAGAAGCAGGAGAAGCCCAAGUUUGUGUUGUGUGUAACAUUCGCUGAAAAUGGAGACGCCAUCACAGGAGACUCAAGUGGGAACAUUUUGGUUUGGGGAAAAGGUAAGUUUAUUCAUUUAUUCCUUUGACCUUUACUAGGUAUCUGAACCCAGAACAAUAAAGGCAAAACCCCAAAGUAAUCUUGAAGCAUGUGUUGUUUUCUACUCUUAUUAGUUUAUCAACCUGUCUGCCUCUAUGUCUGUGUGUUUGUCCGUUAAUCUGCCCGCCUCCAACAGUUGACCUUUAUGUCCGACUUUCUCCAGCUGAACCUUCUCAUCCUUUCUCCGUCACGCAGGCACUAAUCGCAUCAGCCACGUCAUCCAGGGAGCUCACGAGGGCAGCAUCUUUGCUCUGUGCAUGCUGAGGAACGGCACGCUGGUGUCUGGAGGGAAAGACCGCAGGCUGUUGUCCUGGGACAGCAGCUACCAGCAGAUCCAGACAGUAGAGGUAAAGACAAGUCCAACAGAGGUCCUUACAGAAUGUUUGGUGCAGACCUCUGAAGAUCCUGAUAUUUCUCUAUGUUCUAAUCAGGUGUAAAGUUGCAAAGCCAGCUCCAUCUUUUGAAGUUGCUUUUAGUAGCUCCCAUUAGCCUGAAAUCGCUCCCUGGCCAAAGGCUUCAUACUUCGCAUUCUGAACACUGCACCGAGUCAUCAAUAUUACAGAGCAUGAGAUGGGUUUUAACCUUAAAUGAAAUUCAUGACCAUUCGUACCGAUAAGAAUUAUGGUUCAGUUAUAUCUUAUUUGCUCCAGGGAGACCACAUGAAGCGGUAAAUCAUGAGUUUAUGUGUUGUCUGGAAGAUGUCUGAUACAGAUAAACAGGUUAUUCAUCAUGGUUAUCAUGAAUCUCCCUCAGGUACCAGAGUUGUUUGGUCCCAUCCGGACCAUAGCAGAGGGCAGAGGGGAGACUGUACUUAUCGGGACCACCAAGCACUUUGUUUUGCAGGGCAGUUUGGAUGGAGAGUUUAUUCCUAUCACACAGGUAAAUGCAUCAAAGCAUACAUAGUUGCUUUAUUAAAAGAUGAAUAUCCAGAUUUAUUAAUGAGCUAAUUUGCUAUUGUUUUAUCAGAAAAUAGACAAAAAAUUACCAUCUCUGGGUAAACGAUAUGUUUUUGUUCAUACUAAAGCUCAUCACUUAAAAAGUUGUUUAUGAAUGAGUAGCAGAAAAAGUGGCAAGUUUUCAAUCAGACCAACUGGUACCAGCAAAACAAGUUUUGAUUCACCUAUUAUUGAUUUACCACCAUUUGUUUCAGCUUCACUGUGAUGUUGUUGAGCACUAGACAAAGUAAAGGAAACACACUCCUCUCCUCCACAGGGUCACACUGAUGAGCUGUGGGGUCUGGCUGUUCACCCCUGGAAGCCUCACUUUCUAACAUGCGGCUAUGACAAGCAAGUGUGUCUGUGGGACUCCAGCUCCCAUCAGCUCAUCUGGACAAAGAGCAUGGAGGUGAGUUUAGUCAAUGUCGCCCUCUGGGGUCAGCCAGAAGAAUUACACAACACCCUGCAGAUGGUACUGUACAGAUGGGCCCCUGGUCAUAGAGUCUUUGAGAGACAGCUGUAGGAUCAUGUGACCAACUAAAUGCUCAGAUGUACAUGGAAAAAACUUGUCUGCUCAGUAGUAAUAAUCCCCCCUGACAUUUUCAACUUUUAAAGCUGUUCUGAUUCAAACAAUGGUGUCUUUAUUAAAAAAAAUGUCCAAUCUGAUGAAAAAUGAAGCAUAGCGGUAGUUCAGGCAGGACACGGAGUCAAGCUAAAGGCUACAGUCAGCUAAAGGCUACAGUCAGCUAAUCUUAAGCCAGCCCUCAGUCAGCUGACAGCUCAGGUAAUCGCCCUCUACGCAACCUAUUGGCUAAUAUCAAAAUGACGCCCAAUUUAAACAGCUUCUCCAGCCUACUCUGCCUGCUGCAAGCACUCUGCAACCCACCUCCAUCCCAGCUCCUCCUGUUUAUGUUGUGUCUGCUCUUACCAGUGUCAUAGGUAUUGUCACUGAUGCUUGUUCUGUUCUGUGGGGGGAUUUUAAUUUAUUUAUCUUAAUCAUAUUUAUUUGCUGCUGCUUUCUCUGCCUUGGCUUUUCAUGUAUGCAAAUGGCAGGGAGGGGAGGGGCUCUUAUAGCCGUCGCAUUCAAUGCAAGCGCAUGGAAGGGCAGGGAACUCUCAAAACAGAGCCAUACCACCAAUGUAAAAAUGUUUGCUUGUAAUAAAUAAUUAAUUUUGACUAAAGUGAUCCUGACUGAACUAAGAUUAUGUUGGAUAUUUAAAUCAUAUUCAGAUUCAGGUGAGUGCGGGUAAACUUUUGUCAUAGUCAGACAUGUGCAAGAAACUUAAUUUUUGUGUGAAACUCCGCCUGUGCCGUAAGUUACAAAGUAAACUGCAAACCCAAAUGGAGUAUGAAAACACAUGUUCGAGUACACGAUUACUAAGAAUAUUGUCAUUUCCUUGUUUCUGACAGGACUCUGCUCAAUCAGCUGGUUUCCACCCAUCUGGAGCUGUGGUUGCCAUAGGAACUCAAACCGGCAGGUAUGGCGACCCAUCACUAAAAAGAUUGCUGGUUAUCUGCUUCCUCUAGUAUUAAUAUUUUCAUUUGGCUUCUUCUGAAAAGAUUUUUAUCAUGAUUAAAUGUCUAAGAGAAGAUUAAUGAUUAGUCUACCAUUAAUCGUACAGGUGGCUGGUGUUGGACACUGACACUAAGGAUCUUGUCACAGUUCACACAGAUGGGAAUGAACAGCUGUCUGUUAUGAGCUUUGGUCCAGGUAUGAAGUCACAAGUACUAUCAGUCCAGCCAACACAGUGUACAUCAUAAAUAUGCAAACAUCACUGUGUACAUUUUUGAUUUUAUUUAGAUGGUAACUUCCUGGCCAUUGGUUCCCACGACAACUACAUCUAUAUCUACGCUGUGGCAGAAAAUGGAAGGAAGUACAGCCGAGUGGGGAAAUGCUCGGUGAGCACCUGUAUUUAUAAUCCCCCCUUCAUCCAUGGCUUCUUUUAUUUUUAGUUCCCCCUGCAUCAUCUUCAUAUUUAGCUCCCUCCCCAGCUUCUAUAUCUGGGUGUCUGCUCUUUACAGUCUGUCCUCACUGCAUGAUGAUAAGAAAAUGGAAAAUCAUAAAUGACAGCAGAUUGAAUCAUACGAGCUGUAUUUUAUUUAUUUUUUAGUCUCAUCUGAGUCAUGUUUGAUUAUUUUUUAUGCUUGACGUUUUAUUUUGCUACUUCUGUGGGAAUGCUGUGAUUAUGAGUGUUUUGUUAGAAAAGUCUAACUUGCUCGAUCUCACAUCUUAGGGUCACUCUAGUUUUAUCACCCACCUGGACUGGUCAGAGGACUCCCAACACCUGGUGUCAAAUUCAGGGGACUAUGAGAUACUGUAUUGUAAGUAUGACCACUGUCAUCCUUUAUCAGAUGUGGUUAUUUGGAUCAUCUACGACUGUUUUUGUGUUAAGGGUGAAAACAUGCUCCAUUCAAACCUAAUGCAAGUAAAAAGACCAAUCACCAUCAUUACAUCAUGAUAUGAAAUAAACUUUGAUUUGUGCACAGAAGUAUGUGGCAUCAAUAUUUUCUGACUGAGCCCCCUACUUUAGAUAUGUAUGUAAAGAAAAGAAGUUACUUUGUACAUUUGAAAGCUCUGUUCUGGGACCCCUUUUGCACUUUUGAGUGUAAAGAAGUAUAGGGGAGAGUGGGAUAAGAUGAGCCAUAUUUCAUAUUUUGGAUCACUACGUCAAGGCAAUCAUAGUUUUGUCUCUAACUAGUGUAUCUGCAAACCAACAGAAUGAGUGUAAACAUAAGUGUCUUGAUAAUGUAGCAUGCGAAAAAAAAGUGGUCUCCUAUGGUCCUAUGGUCCUAUGGUCAACUUACCCCAUGUAUGGGGUAAGUUGACCAUGGGAGCGGGGUAAGCUGAGCUGUUUCCCUAAACCCAAAAACUGUCGUUUUCAUCUGUUUGUGUGUUUUUCCACAGGGAUUCCAUCAGUGUGUAAACAAGUGGUCAGUGUGGAGACCACUAGAGACAUCAAGUGGACCACCUACACCUGUACUCUGAGCUUCCACGUCUUCGGUGAGUGGCAUCUCCUUGCCUCCUUGUCUCCAAUGUAUCUUUGUAUUUAAUGUCUACUUAACAUGUGAUUGCACCUCCUUCUCCAUCCUCAGGUUUGUGGCCUGAUGGCUCAGACGGCACUGACGUAAAUGCUGCCUGCAGAUCCACUGACAAGAGUCUGCUGGUUACCGGGGAUGACUUUGGAAAGGUUCAUUUAUUCUCACACCCCUGUUCACAGUUCAGGGUAAGAAUUUGUAUACUGUGGUUUGACUAUAUCUAUAUGGGAUUCAAAGAAGGAAAUUAAGCUAACGUGAUGGAUUUGAUUUGGUUUUUAACUUCUUUCCAGGCUCCCAGCCAUGUUUACGGUGGCCACAGCAGCCACGUGACCAAUGUGAGCUUCCUGUACGAUGACAGCUACCUGGUUUCCACCGGAGGGAAGGACAUGAGUGUGAUGCAGUGGAGAAUAGUCUGA